AUGAAACCAUCUAAACUGCAAGAUCAUCUGAGAAGAUGCCACCCUGAUAAAACAGAGAAAGGUUUGAAAUACUUUCAAACACUCAAAGAUAAAUUUCAGAAGAGACCUACACUGGAAAGAAUGUUCGCUUCGACGUCACAAAGAAAUGAUGAUGGUUUGCGGGCGUCUUACAAUAUCUCGUUAGGUAUAGCAAAAUCCGGAAAACGGCAUACUAUCGGAGACAAGUUAAUUUUGCCAGCCGUUGAAGAGGUUUUAAAAACUGUUUUACACAAACCUGCAUCUGAUAUCAUUAAAAGAAUUCCCUUAAGCAACAAUACUGUUGAAAGACGUAUUGAUGAAAUGAGUUCUGAUAUUGAAAGCUUCUUAUGUAAUUAUUUGCAAACGACCCAUUUCUCUAUACAACUGGACGAGUCAACUUUACCUGAUAAUGCAGCAUUAUUAUUGGCAUAUCUUCGUUUUAUUAUGAAUCAAGAAAUCUACGAAGAACUGCUCUUCGCAAGAACUUUGAUAACCGACACUAAAGGUGAAUCAAUAUUUCAUGUUUUGAAGGAUUACUUCAUUGAAAAAGCAAUUCCUUUAUCAAAUAUAAUAUCAGUAGCUACAGAUGGAGCACCUGCCAUGGUUGGACGUUAUCGUGGAUUUAUAAGCUAUAGUAUUUAA